AUGCAAAUCCCCAGGCCAUCCGGCGCAGCCGCGCUACCAUCUACUCUUCUCCCCCUCCUUCUUCUCCUACCCGGCUCCUCCCUUGCCGCCAACCCCGCCGCAGGUCGCCGAACCUCAGCUUCAGCAGCGGAUCGUUCGGUAUGUGUGCGCAGCGGCGCCGUCGACCUCUCGUUAGCCGCAGCUUGCGGUGACAAGGGCUCUUUGGAAAACUGUUUCCGUCAUGUGCCGUCAUUCAUCGAGCCUGGUGAUCUCGAGCUCUGCUUCCGUAACGCUGGAUGCACAACCGCCGAGGCCGGUAUCGAGGCUCGCUAUAUCCUACACAACUGCGACGAGAGCGGACAAUCCGCUGCUGAGCUCAGGAGACGUGAUCCUGAACCUAUACCAGCACCAACACCCGCCCCCAUCCCCGUCCCGCAAGACACAACAGCCGCAACAUCCCCAUCCGCCACCGCAGGAGCCUUCACACCCACAAUCCAAUGCAGCACCGAAAAACUAACCAAAACCAACUCAUGCCCCAUCCAAUCCACCGGCACAGACUCGGGCUCCACACUCCCAUGUUUCGAAACCGAAGUACCGACGCAAGUCUGCGCAGCAGAAAACAUAUGCUCCGUCGACAAAGACGGGAACAACCUCUGCAUGCGACGCAAAGAUAGUCUCGACACCGGCGCGCUAAUCGUAACUAUAUUCCUAGCCGUAUGUUUCGCCGUCGGUUUCGCUACCUUGAUAUUCUUCUGCUGCCGCGACAAGCGCGAGGAGCGUAAGCUCCGCGCGCGACAGAAGGCGGCGCAGAUCGCGAAGGCGAGUGCGUUGAGUAAGAGCACGACGGAUAUCGCGCCGCAGAUCGAUGAAGUUCUGCCGACGAAGCGGGAUAAGAGUCCUGCGCCUGGUGGGAAUCCGUUUGCGGAUGGGACGCACUAUUAG